GACGAUAUCAGCGGAUACAGGCUCUCUGCUUCACAAAACUUUCAUCUUAGCCGAUCGGCAGGAGCGCCUUGACAUUAGAGGGCAGUGAUAUGAGUAAGUUCACUCCCACGAUCGAAAACGGGAGAAAUACUGCAAACGCUCUCUGAUAAGCCACCUGUAAGCCAGCCUGUGUCGUUCGUUAAAUUGCGUUCCAAGUUAUUGCUCUGCGCAUUCUCUCGCCUGCCAGGUUACUCGCUUGUUCAUACGCUGCAUCCGCUCUCGUGUCCUGGGGAGGAGAUAUUGUUUGCAGCAUGUCAUUCACCGAAAGCAGGACCUGGUCACCGCUAGCAGCACCUCGUCACCGUUAGGCCGUUCCGACUUCUGCAUCGAUUAUCCACCCUGGGAAUGAAUUUGUCACCUACUGAAGAGUUUGCUGCCUCAAACUUGUCAAAACAUUGCACGAACCUUUGAUCGCGCCCAGUGUGCGCUGUGCGACAAAGACGAUUUUCAGUGCGAGAGCUCAAAACGCAGCUUCAACGCUAGCUCCGCUCCUCAUAAAGCUCAAACGUAAUGCAAGUGCCAUAGACACAAUGCGAUGGGAGUCCUACGGCAUGUCAGAAGCAGUCCGGUUGCGCUUUUGGUUUUGCUGCUCGCGCACGUCCACGGCGCCCGUUUCCUAGCAAGCGCAGAUGCACAGGUGCUGGUCAGAGACUCUAUUAGCUUCUGGGCAGCGCUUUCCAGCGACGGCGUCCAGACAGUUUUGCUCAACAGCUCACUGGUCCUCAAUACAGCUCCACCGGGCGGGACGCUCGCACUCAAGAGAAAUGUGACCGUGCAGCCGACCGCUGCUGACGGGUCUGUGAAGGCGUUUGUGGACUUUCGGGACCAGCCUAUGGUCAUCGCCAUUGCACCCGAUGUCACCCUGCAACUAUUGGAGCUUGAGCUGGUCAAUAUGUACGGGCUGGUGGGCCCGGGGCUGAACAUCAUCCGGCAGAGCCCGGGCGGGCGUGUCGCCCUCAAAAACUGCGUGACCAUCAGGCGUGCGGGGCUGCCGACCGACGCGGCAGUGGUCAACAUGCGGUCCUGGCCGCGGCCCGUCGGCGUGCCGGGGCCGCAGCAGGCGGUGGUCCUGCCCAACCUCACCUACAACUCCACCCGCAGCAGCCCCAAGCACCCCAUGGUGUGGAACCGCCCGGUGGCGUUGAUGGUGGACUUCCAGACCACCCUGCCCGCUGACAGCUCUCUGGCGUUCCAGGGCCUGUAUCUGGGUGGCUUCACCUACUCGGCCUUCAACUCCAUCUACUUUGCGGACGUGCUGGUCGACCCGGCCUGUCUGGCCUCGGGGCGCCCGGGCGACGAGUGUGUUGCCGCAAAGCUGCAGAGACUGAACGAGGAGGCCGCCGCCGAAGCACAGCGGCAGCAGGGCGCGUCAGCGCCCUCUGACAGCAGAAGCCUGAGCACAACGGACACCAUCGUGGUCGCCGUGGUGGUCCCGGUGGGCGUCGUACUGCUGGCGGCGCUGGUGGCGGCGGCGGUGCUGACCCGCCGCCGCCGGGCGCGUGCGGCUGGGUACGGCAAGGGCCCGCCGCCGCUGUCUGACUCUUCCAGCUCCGCUGCCGCGCGGCCGCCGGCGGGCGAAGCACCGAGCAGCAGUGCCGCACGCAGCUCUGACAUCUUCAUGGGGCUGGAUGAGGGGUCCAUGCCGCCGGUGUGGACACAACAGUACGAAGAAGAGGCCGCUGUGGAGUUCCGUGCUGCCGCUACACAGCAGGACGCUACCUCAGCCACAGCCGUAGACGGCAUGUUGUCACAACUUAUAAAUGCUGAUGCUGCCAGGCCACGUGCGCCGGCAGCAGCGGUGGUGGGUGAAGCUGCUGCCCAGCACGUGGCAGAGGAGGGCAUGCGCCCUGCGGCUGCGCUCGUGGCUGCGGCGCCUUUGGCUGCGUCCCCUGCGGCGGCGGCCCUUGCGACAAGCGCGGGCGCUGCUGGGGGCGCAGCCCAUACCACGGCGGCGGCAGCUGGGGGCGGUGGUAUGGGCAGCGGCGGCGCCUCUGAAGGCGUGGCCGUAGCAUUCAAGGACGGUCAGGGGCAACCGCCGGCCGACCAGGCUGUGGUGGUGCAGCCGGCGGAGGCGCCGCGGCCCUCGGACGUGGCCGAGGAGCUGGCACGCAUGGCGCGGGAGGUGCGGAUGCAGGUCAAGGACGUCACAAUCCGGAUCGACACCGUGCUGGGCACAGGGGCCUUCGGCGUCGUGUACGGAGGCAUUUGGCAGGGCAUUCCCGUAGCGGUGAAGACGGUGAUCAUCUCGGCGUCACAAGAGCGACGCAAGCGCGCGCUACAUGAAGCGGCGUUGUGCCAAUCCAUUGUGCACCCGAACAUCAUCGCUACGUACGCGUGUGAGCUCCAACCCAUCGGCGCGCCCGUGGCCUCCGCAUCUUCCGGUGACGGAGCCACGACCGACUCGGGCCGCACCGGCCUAGCAUCCAUGAUGCCUCAGAUUGUGGACUGGCGGCUGUACAUCAUUCAGGAGUUGGCGGACGGCGGGCCGCUCAGCAAACUGUACGGCCGCCCUGACAUCUGGCCGGCACCGUCCGCGCCACGGAUGGUGCCGGUGGUUGCCAUGGCGUUGGGCAUUGCACGUGCGUUGGCGCACCUGCACUCCAAGCGUAUCAUUCACGGAGACCUGACCCCUAACAACGUGAUGCUGAAACAAGAUUCCUCCGAGCCGUCUGGCUACACAAUCAAAGUUGGCGACUUCGGUCUGAGUGUGAUGCUGCCGCAUAACCAGAGCCACCUUAGCAACCUGCGCAUGGGGACCAUGUUCUACAUGUGCCCGGCUGUUAUCUUCAAGGGCCAAGUGGGCCCCUCGUCAGACGUCUUUUCGCUUGGAGUCAUCUUGUGGGAGCUCUUCCACGGGCGCAAGGCAGGCGUGAUGACCCGAUGUGGCCCCCGCUACUCCUCCAUCUUCCCGGCCUUCCCGCCCAGCUGCCCGCCGGCGUACGUGAGUGUGGCGCUCAACUGCCUGCAGAAACAAUCGGCCAACCGGCCGAACGCGGAGCUCGUGGUGCAGCAUUUGGAAGGGCUGCUGCAGUGCCUUAAAGCAGGGCAGUGCUGACGCUACGCAUGCGCUGCAUAGUAACACCGUAAGAAAUCUAGAAUUGGAAAGAAGUGCUGCUGGGUGGCGACAACUGCAUAACGCACCGUGUUAGCCUGCAGCAGGUCGGGUCUAGCCCUGCAUGCUUCCGGGAACUGAUACAGUACAGUUGCGCACAUGAUACCAAUUAUGUCUACCUACACCAAGCGUUGCACGCACCGUACACCGUACAUAUGCACUCUUUUGAAAGACUCUUCAUGCAAGCGGCGGCUGAUGAUUAGCGCUUUGCAAGCUUGCACUGCCCUUCGCAUUAUGCAAUGCCGUACCAUAGUUGCGUGGCGUUGCGCAGAGUACACACGGUACGGAAGGUAGCUAGCCGCUUUCCAUGUAUGAUAGCUGCAAAGCGUCCACGCAGCUCUUAGAACUGAAGAAGUUAGGUGGAUCAGUACUGCGCUGCUGGCCAUUGGCGAUAAAGAGCGUUUGCCAAGGAGCAAGAUAUUUCCACAUUGACACGGAUCCAUGUGCUCAUGCUCAAUGACGUUGCAAUACACUCUGCUGCAUUAACUUCUGUGUUGACAUGGAUACUGAUGAUUUGUUGCGUGACGGGCUUCAUUAUGUGUGAAUGCACGAAGUCAAGGAAGUAAGGCUACGGCACGUUUGCGUACACUCCAUGGAUCCAAGCGCGCCUGAUACUUGCUCGAACUGCUUGAUCAUUUUGGUGUGUGGGUUUUAGCCGCCGCCGGAAUGAGGCUGUCUGCCCAUACAUGGAGGCAGUGUUUGUCCAUUCGUCUGUCAUUGAGGGCAGGUGUCCGGUGGUGCCCCUGGCGGGUAUGUGAGGCAACUUCUUGAAUGUGCGCGGGAUGGAUGUCCGAAUGUGGGCCGCAGGCAAUGCAGCAUUACCGAAGUGGCAUGUGAUAAGUCUGCGCGGGGUCGUACGGGUACGCCAAACGUCUAGCAGGCUUAGUAUUAUGGUCUUGCCAGCUUGUCUCGAGCUGAUGCUUACUGCAUUCCGAUACUGCAUUCUGAUAAAGAACACGUGUGCACAGGAUGGCAGCGGUCCAUUUCGCUGGACGGCGCGCCGCAAGUUGAACCCGCGUUGGUGUUACAACAAGAGAGAGCUUCUCCGGCACCUGCCAAGCCCUCCUGAACCAUAUUUUAUGCAUUACAGUCAGCAUCGGGUUAACACGGGGUUUGGGUAGCUCAGUUGUAACGCUGGCGUGAAUGGGUGUUGUGCUUGGUAGAGCGCGGCCUGAGGUUACAAACCGACCCCAGCUUUGUCUGGGAGAUUAGGCAUUUCGAAACCAUCGGCCUCAGACUGGUGCACGUGGUGUGGGCUCAGCCCGGUUUCCCUUCGGGCCGGAGAUGGUUCCCUCCUGACCUGGGUGCUGGGUUGGUCGGACUGUCCCUCCUUGCAAAGUCGCAUUCGUAACCUGCUUCAUUUAAUCAGAACUGAUACCGUACCGUACGUUGAUCUGACACGCGUGUAAGCUUCGCACUCAAGUAAAACAUGCCGUUCAUCCUCUACUCCUUAGAGGU